AAUUACACAGAAAUAAAAACCGUGUUAAGUGCCUUAUUCGAAAAUUUUGGUAUAUUCAAAGAGAGCUCUCGAGAUAAACUAAAAAAGAAUUGGAAAACAUAGCUUAAUGAUAAAAAAAAAAAUUAGUCAAAAAAGUUAAAGAAUAUUCAUCUGGUUCAUCAGGCGCUCUAAGUUGGUUUCUGAUGGAAUGCUCCCUACCUAUUAUCUAUAUAGGUGACAAGCUUAGACAAUGCAGUUUCUAAGUUUUUGAUCUGUAUGAAAAGAAAUAUGCCAAGAAGGAGAAAGAAAUCAUCUCAUCACAAAGCUCCAUUAGUAUUUACUGAAAGUCCUGUAAACAAACAGAGAAAUGUGCCAACCCCUGUCUUUUGUGCUCAGCACCCAAUAACUGUAGGGCAGCACAGCACAAGUAAUGUUUCUUGGGUAUCUCCUCAGUUUAAUGGUGUUCCAGGAACAGUAAGAGGGCAAAGGAGGGCCCGCAGGAGAAGAAUUUCACCCCCAUCUUUACUUGACAACAAAGCUCUGUGCACUUGUCAGGGCAGGAGUAAUUCUAAAUCACCCGGAUUCACCAGACUUAAGAAAAAGACAAAAUUUGCUUCCCUUCAGUUUGUAGGGGAGAAAACUCCUCCAGUCACAGUCAUAGAGGAUGUCAAUUUUACCGACUGUGAGGAUCAAAGUGUGGCAUUCAAGGAAAAUUCACCCGAAAAGGGAGCCAGGAAAGAAAUUUCAUUUUCACAUAGAAAGAGCAAUAAGAAAAAGGAAAAUAUGGAUCCACUUUUACAAAGGAGUGGUGAGUGUGAAUUUAUGGCAAACCCAGGAGUGAUUAAAACUCCAGAACUAGGAGAAGUGCAUUCUGGGACACCUGAAGUAGAUUCACCUACAACACCUGUAAAAAGAUUGUUCAGCGGAUCAUCUCCUGCCUCUCUAUCAAACUCUCACAAUCAAAAACAGAGUAAGAAAAGAGGGAGGCUAAAAGAACAGCUUAAACAGAACUUAGUGGAAAUGUCCAGCAUUUGUACCCCAGACAGAGGGGCACCACCAGAAGUGUUAGUGGCCGACACACCUGAGGCAGAAUAUGGACUAAACACACGGGUUCGAAGGUUAAGGAGGAGAAACAUUCAUAAUAUUUAAAAGUAUUUAUUGAUGAUCAAGCUCAAAAAUUAGAUGUGUAAACUGAUAUUUUACUUACCAUAAAUCUAUGUACAACAAAACACUGAUACUUUCACACAAAAGAGAAAGGUGGCCAUCACUUGCAAGCAGUGUUCUAUGUAAAAUUUGAAUAAUAUUUCACUUAGAAUAAAAGCUCCAAACUCUA